AUCAGUGGGAAGACAAGAGCCUGCAGAGGGCAAUGAUUGCAUGCUGCAUGUGUUAACUAGCAGGUUACAUUGGCUUUCCAUUUAGUGCUGUGCUACAAUUUUAUCUUCCAAAGCAACAAGCUACAGUUACUUACAAGCUACAAUUAGAAAUGUCUUCUUUAGGUGCCUAGCUGUACCCAAAACAAGUCCUUUCAGAACCCCGUGUGCAGCUGGAAAAAAUACCAUUUGGCUGGGAUAGUAAACUCUUACAUCCCCCAUUAUCCCUUAGAGGAGGAACUAUGGAUCCUGGACAUCACACUGCAUUCCUACUGGCUAUUCUCAUCUGCAUCCUCCUGCUUCUCCUGGCUGUGUCUUCCCUGCUGAUGUGCUACUGGAGGAGGAAUGGCUUCAAAAUGACAAAUCGAACCUCAUCCAUGAGAUUCGGAAGACUGGCGAGAGAUCAAGCAACAUCUAUGACCAGUUUUACUUUGAAUGUAAUCAACCCGAAACUUCACCUGCAGAACGAUCCUAAAGAGUCCCAGGCAUUUUCAUUGCCGAUUACUGUGGAUCAAAGUAGCCAAAAAAGCACAAGUGUGACUUCUCACCUUUCUCGGGACAGUCAUAUAAUGAGCAUCGGUGAUGAAGAGGAAGGAUUACGCACUUCAAUCGUUGACAAACCUGUACAAAAAAAAAGUAGGGCCUCUGAACAUUUUUCAACACUACAGCGUAUGUUGUCUGGGGCUUCUAUCUUUGGCGGAGUAUUAGAGAAAAGUUCAAUGUUCAGUCUCAAGGCCAAGAGACGUAGCUCUUCCCUGAAAAGUGGAGUAGAUGUAGAUAUCUCCAUGAUUCCCCUGGAGUCUCCAGUGCGUGUGUCCUCCAAUGGUGACCAGUUCCAUGCCGCAGGUUCCCAGAGAGACCUCAGUCGAAGUAGUACUGUACUAUGUGAAAAUUCCAGUGAGCAGCAGUUCACUUGGGACACUGCUGGCUUGUCUGUUCUAAGCAGACACUCAAGGAAAAAAGAAUCCUUUUCACUUCCCAACACUUUAGAAAGAAAAACUGAAGAAGAUUCUAGCAAACAGAACACCCAACUAGGAAAAACUGAUUUCUUGCAGCCAAAAGCCUGGUUUAUAUUUAUAGGAAACAGGCCUGUCUCGGAAGGAGCCCAGCUUGAAAAUGAGCUUAAUAAUGUAACAAGCUUAGACUCUGGGGUUGACGUUAUAGAGCCAGUGGUGAGAGAUGGAUUUGGUGGCUUUAAAAGUGCACAGAUGCCAAUCUCUACCCAAGAUGCUCAAUGCCAUAUACCAAGUAGAAGAUCAAAUGAAAAUCCAGAAGAAAUUAAUGGAGAUGAAGAAAAGCAAGAAGAGUGCCUGGAAUUGCACAUCACGCACCAGGAAGCCGCUAGAAACCUAAAUCCCCGACAUUACAGUAGAAGUUUGUGGGAGAAAAGAGAAGAACGUCCAUUGAUUGGAGCUAAUUAGCAAUGGGGCAAGUUUAGACUUCUCUAAAACUGUAGUUUGCUUGUAAGUACAAAAAUAGUUUCUGCUGUAUCAAAUAUAUCUAAAGACAAAUCUUUAACUUUUUUUUUUUUUCCCCAACAUUUGACCAAUAGAAGACAAAGCAAUUUCCUUUACUUUCUGUUCCAGUGACAAUGGUCACCAGUGGAAAUGAAGAACAUGUAACACCUUCUGCUGUUAACUUUGAGGCUGAUGGGUCAUUUUAUGGCUUGAUAAAUACUUGACUGACCUUGGCAGCCUUUCUUAACCAGGGUUCAAUAAAAUCAUAAUGUUCCAGAGACCACCCAAAAAAUGUUUACGAUUACUUUCUGUUCCAGUGACAUUGGUCACCAGAGGAAAUAGAGCGGAUUAAACGCCUGACUGGGUUGCUAACCCUACCUUGCGCUACAAAAAAAAAAAA